AUGUCGGCAGCUCAGCUUCUCAAUCCCAAGGCCGAGUCUCGAAGGAGGGGCGAAGCUCUCAAGGUCAACAUCAACGCUGGUAUCGGCCUUCAGGAUGUCCUCAAGUCCAACCUCGGUCCGCGAGGUACAAUCAAGAUGCUCGUUGACGGAGCUGGACAGAUUAAACUGACGAAAGACGGAAACAUUCUGUUGAGAGAAAUGCAAAUCCAAAACCCGACUGCCGUCAUGAUUGCUCGAGCUGCCACCGCGCAAGAUGAUAUCUGCGGAGAUGGCACCACGUCAGUUGUGCUUCUGGUCGGUGAGCUGCUAAAGCAGGCCGACAGAUAUAUCUCGGAAGGAUUGCAUCCCCGUGUCAUUACUGAUGGAUUCGAGAUUGCCAAGUCUGAGGCCUUGAAGUUUCUCGACAGCUUCAAACUCGCCAAGGAGGUCGACCGAGAACUUCUCCUCAACGUUGCCCGCACCUCCCUAGCCACUAAGCUCAACUCGACGCUCGCCAAAAGUCUGACACCCGCCAUCGUUGAUGCCGUGCUAGCCAUCUAUCAGGCCCCAGCUAAACCCGAUUUGCACAUGGUCGAGAUCAUGAAGAUGCAACACCGUACGGCUGCUGAUACUCAGCUCAUACGUGGCCUCGCUCUGGACCAUGGCGCCCGUCACCCAGACAUGCCAAAAAGGCUCGAGAACUGCUACAUUCUGACUAUGAAUGUCAGCUUGGAAUACGAAAAGACGGAGAUCAACUCUGGAUUCUUUUACUCCAGUGCCGAACAGCGUGACAAGCUUGUGGAAAGUGAGCGCCGGUUCAUCGACGCAAAGCUGAAAAAGAUUGUCGAACUGAAGAAGGAGCUUUGCGGCACCGACGGAAAAAAGAACUUUGUCAUCAUCAACCAGAAGGGCAUUGAUCCCUUGUCUCUCGACGUCCUGGCCAAGAAUGGCAUUUUGGCCCUCCGACGUGCCAAGCGAAGAAACAUGGAGCGACUGCAGUUGAUUUGCGGCGGCGUUGCCCAAAACACUGUCGAUGAUCUGUCGGCCGAUGUUCUCGGAUGGGCCGGCCUUGUCUAUGAGCAAACCUUGGGAGAGGAAAAGUACACCUUUAUCGAAGAGGUCAAGGAUCCCAAGUCUGUAACCCUUCUGAUCAAGGGACCUAACCAGCACACCAUUUCCCAGGUGACGGACGCCGUCAGAGAUGGAUUGAGAAGUGUGUACAAUAUGAUUGUUGACAAGAGCGUCGUCCCUGGAGCCGGAGCCUUCCAGGUUGCCUGUGCUACUCAUUUGAAGAGCGAUUCGUUCUUGAAAAGUGUCAAGGGCAAGGCGAAGUUUGGGGUUGAGGCUUUUGCUGAUGCCCUUCUGAUCAUCCCCAAGACGCUGGCGGCCAACGCUGGACACGAUGUCCAAGAUGCCUUAUCUACGCUGCAAGACGAACAUAACCAAGGUGACGUUGUGGGCCUGAACCUGGAGACGGGAGAGCCGAUGGACCCCGAGUUGGAAGGCGUGUUCGAUUCAUUCCGCGUGCUGAGGAAUUGCGUGGCCUCCAGCUCUAGCAUUGCAUCAAACCUGUUACUGUGCGAUGAGUUGCUGAAGGCCCGGCAAAUGGGAAGAGCAGCCGGCCCUGGCCCAGGAAUGGACGGUCCAGAUGAUCACAUGUAA